AUGGCAUCGACAGCAGUAGAAGACACACCGCCUCUAACGCACCACCUGCUAAGCCUUUCCACGCCGCGGCCCUACGCAGUUGCUACGGAGCACGAGUUUCUCGAGAGCGCUGGCAAGCUCACGCUGAACGCAGACAGACUCGCCUUCUGGCUCUCGCAGGACCGGAUCUACGCCGCACACGCGUAUCCCCGCUUCAUCGGCGGGCUUAUCACCAAGAUCCCAUUCGAGUCGAGCGGAAAAGAUGAGGAGAAGAACAGGAGAACACUGGAGAUGCUCUCACAGGCGCUGCAGGGCGUCAUGGACGAGGUGCGGUUCUUUGAGGGGACCGCGAAGGCACAUGGGUUGAACAGUGAAGGGUGGAGGGAGAGAAAGGCGACGAGGGACUACACAGCUGAGAUGGCGAGGAUCGCGAGUCUGGGGACGCUUGAGGAGGGGCUGGUGUUCUUAUGGGCCAUGGAGAAGGCAUACCUCGACGCCUGGCGCUAUGUUCGCUCACUCUUCCAGCAACCGCUGACAGAUGUCGACGAGACGGGGAAAGCGAUCGUUGAGCUCACAACGCAUUGGACGAACCCUGGAUUUGUUCAGUUCGUCGAAUCGCUUGCGUCAGCGGUGGAUGAAUGCUAUGCAGGAAAGGCGAAAGACGGGGUUGCGUGGAAGAGCGCUGAGGAGCUGUGGGCGCGCGUCGUUGAGCUGGAGGAGAUGUUUUGGCCAAAUAGGGGCGAAGAGACGACAGGACGUCUGUAG